GAUGAGGAGGGCACCUAUAAUUAGCAUGCUAAAAAGGAAAAAAAGAAAGCAGCCAUUACUGUCCUUACAGAGGAAGGCACGAGACCAAGGACCAUGAAAGAGAGAGGAAGUGCAGAUGCUGGAUGUGUGUCACCGCAGAUAUAAACAAGGUAAACUGGAGUCUUGAUUCAUCACACCUUUAAGCUGGGUUAUUUUCCUACAAGAGGAUACAUAUAUACAUAAUCAGUAGUCCAACUUCAUGGGUCAGGAAAGUUCUCAUCCAAAGGAAGCUAGAGAUGACAUGCAAGACGAUAAUAUAGAAGGCUCUACAUCAAUUUCUCAGCUUCUGAGAGAGAGCUAUCAAGGUGAAACAAUAACGCAUCACGAGAACAGUCAUUGCUCUGACAAAGUUGAUGAUAUAGGGGGAACAGAUGACUUUUCUGAUCUUUCUGCUUUCCUGAGCCAGGAGGAAUUAGACCAAAGUGUUCAUUUGGCAAGACAAUCAAUUGACCAGGAUGGGAAACAAAAAGAAGUGCCAGUUGUUAAAUGUCCUCCAAGAGAAUUGAAAAAACAAACCAAAUCUUCUGUAAAAUCACCAGUAAGCCAGCCUUUAACCACUGACCAAGACGAACAGACUAACUUUAGACAAGAACAUGUCAUAAAGGGUACAAAGAACUCUGGGGAAGACAUUAAAGAUACAAAAAGGCCUCAGAGGAAUAAUCCUUACGGGAUUGAGACAGAGUCUAAGAAAGAGUUUCUAAAUAAAGCGGCAGACUUCAUAGAAGAGCUUUCUUCGCUAUUUAAAGCCAACAGUUCCAAACGGAUAAGGCCCAAGACAUUAAAGAAUCGAAGUAGAAAACGUGAUAUAAAAAGUGGAACUCUUGAAGAAGACCUCUCUACUUACACCAGCCAGUCAGAAAACCGAGAGAGGCCUGUUUGCUCGCCAGUAGAUACAGGAAUAGAUCUGACAGUCUCUGAAGAACCUGAGAGUUUGGAAGUCAUAGGACCAGAAACUGAUAAUGAGGCUUUGCAAGUAGAAACCAACCCUGCUUCCUCUUUUUAUUUGGAAGAGACUAUUGAGCAGCCUCCAAAUUUUAUUCAGAAAAUAAAAAGUAGGGAAGUUACAGAAGGAAGCAAAGUACAACUGGACUGCAUUGUGGUUGGAAUUCCAGCUCCAGAAGUAAGGUGGUACUGUGAAGGAAAAGAACUUGAAAACUCUCCAUAUAUCCAAAUACAGAAAAUUGGAGAUCUGAAUACUUUAGUUAUCACUGAGGCCUUUGAAGAGGACACUGGACGAUACUCUUGCUUUGCAUCAAAUAUUUAUGGAACAGAUUCAACCUCUGCAGAGAUUUAUGUAGAAGGUGCAUCAUCCUCUGAUUCUGAAAGUGACACGAGCAAGACUGACUUGGAUCAGUCACAGGCUGAACAUCUGUCAUUAGUUACUCCAGAGAUACCAAAGGAAGCUGUUUGCCAAGAGAUAAUUGUUCCAAUUACAAUUGUACAGAAUGUACAACCAACAAUGAUACAGCAGGACCCGAAUACAUAUCUACAAGGAUUGGAUGGUAGACCAUUAAUGGCUGCUCCUGUUUUUACCAAGACAUUGCAGGACAUAACGGCCUCUGAGGGUCAGUUAGUUGUGUUUGAGAGCAGAGUGAAAGGAUCUCCAUAUCCAAAGGUGGAAUGGUACAGGGAAGGAACUCUGAUUGAAGAUUCUCCAGAUUUUCGAAUUUUGCAGAAAAAGCCUCGAUCUAUGGCGGAACCAGAAGAGAUAUGCACUUUAGUCAUUGCAGAAGUCUUCUCUGAAGAUUCUGGCAUGUUUACAUGUACAGCAAGCAACAAAUAUGGAACCACUUCAAGCAUUGCCUAUUUGACUGUGAAAGGUUCCAAUGAAAAUGAAAAUCAAAUUCCCAUAACCAUUAGCACAAUCAACAUUGAUGCUUUUAAGCGGGAACCUUUGCCAGCAACUCCAACGCCUCCACCACCACCACCACCACCACCACCACCUGUGGUGGAAUCACCCCCAAAACCCAAGUUGGAGGGAGUUCUAGUGAACCACAAUGAACCAAGACCAAGUUCUAAAAUUGGCUUAAGAGUUCAUUUUAAUCUGCCAGAAGAUGACAAAGGAAGUGAAAGCUCAUCUGAAGAUGGUUUCAAUAUUGCAAAGAACUAUGAGUCGAAUAGUCAGGAUAUGUUAAAUGGCCAGUCAUACGCAGCAUUUAUAGCAUCUUCAAAGGAACCUCCACCAGUAUUUGCCAAGCCUAAACUAGAUCCGAUGAAAUUACAACAGCUACAUAAUCAGGUUAUCAGCGAGCAGCAAUUUCAACCUUCAUCCUCCGAUUCCACAGCAAGAGAUAUCCCACUGAAUACAGCUGUCCAAAAUUCUGGAUCACCUUACAUGUUUGCUCGUCCUCAGCAGCAAAUUUCAAGUCAAGAUCUAGUAAAUGUGUACCCACUGCCUACAGCUAACACUGUUGCACAUAUAAGGCCAUGGACAGCUGCCACUCAGAAUACUACAAGCACUUACCCUGAGUUUGGAACAUUUUUGUCCUCUACUGGGCAAUCUCUAUUCAAUGCUACAGAGUCAACAUUAUCCUCACCACCUUCUACACUGCCAAGCAAGAAUCAAUUCCAAGCACAGACUGUAUUACAAACUCCUGUCUCUCCUCCACGGAUUCAAAACCCUGUUGCCUUUCUUAGUUCUGUUCUUCCUUCAUUACCUCCAACACCAUUUCCAACAAAUUCAAUGGGCCUGCCAAAGAGUACUUCCAUGCCUCUUCAAGCUACACAAAAGAAAAAUUUAAAUCUUGUAAGGUUUACACCUCAAGAUCAAAUUCGUGAAAAUAAGAAUUUGGUGGUACGGGAGUUAGAAAAGAAACUCUCUUUUAGAGAGGAUGUACUCCCUCGGCAACAGGAAUAUAAAAUAUCAAGUUUCGAACAAAGGCUGAUGAAUGAGAUAGAGUUUCGCUUGGAGCGCACCCCGGUAGAUGAAUCAGAUGAUGAAGUUGAACAUGAUGAGAUCCCUACAGGAAAAUGCAUUGCACCUAUCUUCGAUCGUAGGCUGAAACACUUCCGUGCUGUAGAAGGUGCAUCAGUCACAUUUACGUGCAAAGUUGUUGGGAUACCUAUACCCAAAGUAUACUGGUUUAAAGAUGGGAAACAGAUUUCAAAGAAAAAUGAACACUGUAAAAUGAGGAGAGAAGCAGAUGGAUCCUGUUCCUUACAUAUAGAAUAUGCCAAUAAUGAUGAUGAUGGAAAUUAUACAAUCAUGGCUGCAAAUCCUCAGGGAAGAAUCAGCUGCUCUGGACAUUUACUUGUGCAGUCAGUUCCACUACGUCCUCGUUCAAUUCCUACAGUACUGGCCCACAGGGUGAGACCACGUCAGGCAGAAGUGGAAAGUGAAGCUGUACAGGAAAGAUUCUUCCGGCCAUACUUUCUCCAAGCUCCUGGAGAUAUGGUGGCACAUGAAGGGCGGUUAUGCAGGUUAGACUGCAAGGUGAGUGGUCUACCGCCACCAGACAUUAUGUGGCUUCUUAAUGGAAUACCCGUCUCACCAGAUGCCACCCACAAAAUGCUGGUCAGAGAGAAUGGAAUUCACUCACUUCUCAUCGAUCCUCUCUCACAAACUGAUGGCGGGACAUACACCUGCAUUGCCACUAAUAAGACAGGACAAAACUCAUUCAGCUUAGAGCUGAGUGUGAUGGCAAAGGAAGUGCAGAGACCACCUGUAUUUUUGGAGAAGCUGCAGAACUCUGGGGUACCAGAGGGUCAUCCAGUUAGAUUGGAGAGUCGAGUUAUUGGGAUGCCUCCUCCAGUCUUCUACUGGAAGAAAGACAAUGAAACCAUUCCAGCCCACAAACCUAGGAUAAGUAUGCACCAGGAUGCCACGGGGUAUGUGUGCCUUCUCAUCCAGCCAGCUAAAAAAGAGGACGCAGGGUGGUAUACAUUGUCAGCAAAGAAUGAAGCAGGGAUUGUGUCCUGUACUGCUAGACUUGACAUAUACGCUCAGUGGCACCAGCAGAUUCCUCAGUCAAUUAAAAAAAUACGACCUCCUUCAAACCGCUACUCAACAUUCUCCAUGCCAAACCUGGAUAUUCUGAAUCCGUACCCAACCGCAGAAACCCCACUGAGAUUUAUGUCUCCAGUCCGUGAUGUGAUAGAGAGCGAUGAGCUGUGAAUUAAGCUGGCUACAGUAACACUAAAACUGUGAAGAAAAUUACGGCGGAAAGUUUACAAAAGUCAAUUUUUCUAUUUUUUUAAAAUAUGGUUUUAGUUUAUUGCCCGUUUUAAACAGCCGAAAAAGUAUUUAAACGUUUAACCUUAUUGGGGCUUAUAGGCACCAUUGUUCACCCAUAUAGAAAUGAAUUUAUCUUUUCUACAAGCUGGGCGCACCAGAAACAUACACAGAUUUGUGUCACUGACAGUGGGAUCUGUUUUAACAUGGUAAUGCUGUGUAUUUACCUUAUUUAAUUAUUUAUGUUAUUAGGCAGAAUAAAGAUCAAUAGAUGUUUUAUUAAUAUGAAGAUGUGUAUCAUUUGUAUUUAACAGAUAUUUACAUUGUUCUUGUAGUGAGGCUGACACUGUAGAUGCUUUCAGUUAACCGUGCCAUAUCCCACUAUUUAAGUCCUGGAAAGUUUGUCCAUAUGAAAUGGAAAAACAGGUGUAUUGUGAAAUAAAGCGGCAACAUACUGCAUAUUUUUAGA